AUGGGCCUUGGACUGGGAAGUAAUUCCACGGUUCUCCCCGCUCUCAAAGAUGGAAAGCAUAGCAAUUCCCGGGUUUGGAUUGUGUUCUAUGGUUUGACUGGAGCCGAUGACAAUGCGCAGCUAGACGGUAUUCUUGUAUUUGGUGGAUAUGAUGAGGCCAAGGUGGCAGGCCAGCCUUACACACAGGACCUUGAGAUACGACCAGACUGCCCGACGGGGAUGCUCUUGGCAAUAGAUGAUAUUAUUCUUCACUUCCCAAAUGGCACAAUUGCGAGUAUGGUCACUCCAUCAGGUGGUGGCUUCUCUUCCUACAUUACACCAGGAAACCCAGGGUUAAUGAGUCUACACUACGACCCCUAUUUUCAAGAGUUCGAACAGAUAACAGAGACAACUAUCAGCUAUCGCACCUUUGGUCUAGAAUAUUACACAAUGCUGUACAGUGAUGACAGUGAGCCGUUUCGCAGAGAGCCGUCCAUCAAGAUUCAAGGGGGGCCCUCCAUUCAUAUACCGAGCAGCGAGCUCGUGAGGCCUGAACGAUACAGGAGCAAUCAUAGCAAAUUAUUCUCGUUCGAAUCUCGUCGUUAA